AAACUGAAAAUGGCGCUACACAUCAACUGUCCCCCCUCUUUCACCGCCAAACCCUAUCGUCUUCCCCACACUCCUGUCUUCCACUUCACAGUCAAAUCCCAGACCUCAUCGGAGCCACCCAAAUCCACCGUCAAUCCCACCGACUCCGUUGCCCCGGCUCGGCCCAAUGACAAGCCCAGCAGCAGCACUACCGGGCUGGGCUUCGGCUCUUCUGCUUCGUCUCCGUCUCCGUCUCCGGCCAAUGAGAGUGCGAGUAGCAAGAAGAAGCGCAAGGGCAAAAGAGAGAGGGCUUCAAUAAUUCGCCGGUCGCCGGUGGAAAAGCCGUCAUUUGCUUCGGCGCCGACGGCGGAGGACGAUGAGAAGGUCAAGGAAAGGGGAAGAAAUGAGAGUGCUUUUCUCCUCGCUUGGUUAGGGCUCGGCGGAAUCAUUCUCGUGGAAGGCAUUGUUCUCGCCGCUUCCGGUUUCCUUCCAGAGGAGUGGGACAAAUUCUUUGUUAAGUAUUUGUAUCCAUCUUUUACCCCAACAGUAGUCUUGUUUGUCGCUGGAACAGUCACAUAUGGAGUGUUGAAGUACCUGCAGAAUGAGAAACUUAAAGAUCAAAAGUGAGAUUUAAUUGGAGUAUGACUUUCAGGUAUAAGGAGAUAAUAAUCUGUUACAAUAAUGAGCGAGCUAUAUUACUCCUAGGUUAUACUGUACUUGUCCUUUUCACGCCAUACAUAAAAAUGAGUAAGAAAAUUCCAGAGCUUUUGCAACAAGGGAAUGAAUUCCAAGACUUCAUUGGUCUUUCUGCAAUUACUGCUUAAUUUAGUUGUUUUCUAUGGAUUCAUCAACUAACUUGAUGCUGGGUUUUUUGACAAUGAACUUCGUCAAUGUGAAAUGUAAAAAAUGCUUCCCCGUGAUCACAGCUUAGGCUAUCAAUUCAAAUUUGCA